UUAAUAGAGUUGGAUUUUUCACAUUUGUUCUUCUGUCUUCUGUGUCUAUAGAAGAUGACGACAUUCUUUCCGGAUGAGAUUCUAGAAAAUAUUCUUUCUCGAUUGCCUGUUAAGUGUCUGCUCCGAUUAAGGUUUGUUUCUAAAGCUUGGUUUUCUCUAAUUAGUAGCCCCUAUUUCGUCAAAUUGCAUCUGAAAAGAUCAGUCCAAAACAAGAGCAACCUUAGCCUAUACAUUACAAACGAUCGGGUUCUCUCUCGGUGGAAUUUUUAUUCCCUCGACGACCACGACCACGUUCUUCGACCGGAGGAGAUCGUUAGACAUCCGUUGAGCUAUCGGAAGUAUACAAUCCAAAAUUGGGGCUCUUGUGACGGAUUGAUCUGUUUGUCAAAUACCUUUUUUUUUGAUGACUUUGUCUGUUUAUGGAAUCCAUCAACAAACAAAUCUAUAAAACUGCCUUACACGUCCACCACAUUGACAAGGAAUGAUGAUCGAUCUUAUGGAUUUUAUUACGAUAUCACCAAUGACGAUUACAGAGUGGUGAGAACUACUUUGUUUGUUGGAAAAAUCUUUGAUUACGAGAUUAAGGUUUAUAGUUUGAGAUCAAAUUCGUGGCAUAGGUUAGAGAAGUUUCAUCAAGGUCCAAAUUUUAAUAGUAAAGUUGCCAUAGCUUGUGGAGCUCUGCACUGGACGUUAGGAGAGGCAGACGAAGAAAAAAUUUGGAUUGUUGCCUUUGAUCUCGUGACAGAGAAGUACCGAGUAAUUUCACAGCCUGAGUACAGUGGUCCUCCUUACCUUAUAAGUUUGUAUAAUUUUGAAGGAUGCUUAUCAUUAUCUUGUCAUUAUUACUCAAAUGUUGUUGCUGUUGUGGAUGUGUGGUUGCUAAAUGAAUAUGGUGAAAAGAAUGAAUAUUGGUCAAAAUUGGUUUCAUUGCCGCUAACAGAACCAACAGAUCUUACGUGGGAAUGUUCAAAUUUCUCUGCGAAACCUGUGGCUUAUUCAAAAAGUGGUAAGAAAGUAUUGCUGGAGAUAGAUUGUAAAAAGCUUGUUUGGUAUAACUUAGAACAGAAGUCAGUUGAAGAUAUUAUGUUACAAGAUUUGGAACCUUAUAUUCAAAUCCAUUUUUACUCGGAAAGUCUAGUCUCCUUGUCAGCUGAAGCUGUAACCAAUGCUAAGAAGAAUUCAAGAAGAAAAAAGAAAAUGAAAUACAGAAAACAUAGGUGAUGGAAAGAUGAAGAAAACAAGCAGUCAAAGAUUGUGGGUAAUGUAAAAAGUAAAAAUGAUGCUUGGGUUACAUGGUUUAUUUCUGCAUAUUAAAAAUUAUUGCAAUUUUGAAUUAGAAUGACUUGGCUGUCUAGCAGUGAAGCUCACUUGUUGAGUUCUAAGACCAUUUCAAAAUUUAUAAUUUAUA